AUGUCAGAAGCCUCUGUCCAGUCCCUGCUUGACAUGGGUAUCACCCGUGAAGUAGCACUCGAAGCAUUAGCAAAGACGAAUGGUGAUAUUGAAGCCUCCGUGAACUAUAUAUUCUCCGGCGAAUUGCCUCAACAAGAACCGCAGAUGGAUACCGUUGAGUUACCAUCAGAAGAAAUAAAGGAAGACAUUCAAACCGAUUUUCCCAUUCAGGAAACUACUGAGUACAUUGAGGAUGCCAAUGCCCCUAGCGUCUCAAGUCCAUCGGGAGAUGAACCAGGUAGUUGGACCGCUCCAGUCCCAAGCUACGAUGAGUGUUUAGCUCAACAAAUCAGACAAUGUUCUGACGAUCCUCUAGUGGUGCAAGUGGGCACCAACAACUCUCUCAUGGAGAAUUACUUUGCCCUCUUUUGCCUUGCGGUUGGUUUCGGGUUUCCUCAUGUUUUCUUGAAACCUGACUUCAAAGAUCUGGUUUACGGAAAGGACUGGUACCAAGGCCAGGCUUUGAAACCAAAAUUCAGGAUUAAGUAUGGGGUAGACAACACGGUAGCAAUUGUUCCUCAGGAGGAGCUUGCUGGCCAAGACAAUUUGGCUCUACAACCAGAACUCUUGUGGCAACUUCAAAAACUCUUGGCUGUUCAAAACACCACGGGUUGCCUAAGAAAAUACGUAACUGCUAAGUUCUUUGCACGAGUAUUGGAGCCUCUGGUUGUUGAAAAAUUGAAUAACUGUGAGCAUCUGCAUGACGUUUUACCAACUUUCAUUAAAAGUAUAGCGACUGACGUCGAACUAUGUCCAGGAAUGUCGUCGAUAAAAAGUCUCUUCAUUUCUACUGCAUACUACAAACCCCCUUCCGAGCCAGAGCCUGUCGAAACCUUAGUCUCACUGUUACAUUUCAUGCCGGAAGAAUAUGACUCUAAUCUCUACAAGAUGUUCAAUGCCCUUUUGUAUCCAGAAGACGACUCUGACUGCGAGACAGACGAUACUCAGAACUCUUUGGGAAACUUGGCCCCCAUGAUCACAAUUGUAUUUGACGAAAUGGACGAAAGCACUGAGAGUUUAAAUUUACCUAAUGGGGUUGAAGUACCUCUGGAGUUCUACCCGCAACUCUACACUGAAAAGGCAAAAAAGUUGCUCAUUAAUGAUGUCCUCACAAAUGCGCGAAACGCGGAAUUAGAGGCUCGCAAGGCACUACGCAGCCUGAAUGAGCUCAAGAGUUUCCAGGGCAAGCAUAUUCACUCCUUUUUGAAUAGUACGCUGGAUUUUAUUAUGAAAGAUACAGGCUCAAUUUCAAAUCAACCAGAAGUCGCUAGUCUUGUGAACUCGUUAGAGCAGGUCAAAGAGCAAUUAGGAGAACGAAAGACGGAUAGCUUGGCCGAGUACAAGGCAAUAACGCACAAGCUCAAUAACGAAUGGAAUCUUUCUCACCCAGAAUUAGGCAUAGUGAAGUCCGCGCAUGAUCUUGGCAUAGUAGAUGUGCCUUAUCUACUCACCUCUGCAGUCUUAUCUCCAGCUAACUAUUUUCUUCGCCAAAGAAAUGGCCAGUGGUAUCAUGUUACAGGCAAAAUCAAUAACAAUGACAUGGAAAUUUCAAAGGUAACGCCUCUAGAUGUCGUUUACACGAUCCGCUCCCAUACUAGAGUCGCAUCAGAAACACCACUUAUGUUUACCUACUUCAAGCAAUGUGCCAUAGAGAGCGACGCGACAGUUCAAGAAGCCCUUGACAGCAACGUGGGUGCCAGAAAUUUUGCUUUACGAGAUCAAGAUACUAUCGAAGCUAUGAAGCCUACGAGUUCAGAAGAUUUGAUCGAAUUAUGA